ACUCCAUGCCGGGUCUCUCUCUCCGGCUCGCCUCGACUGGCUGGCACGGCGGGAGAGUUGGCGCAAACCUCGCCGCCGCCGCCUCGCGCGGGUUCCCGCCCCAGCCUCUCCGCCUUCCCCUGCGCCCUCCACUCCUGCCAUGGGGCUAACUUGUGGCUCCUAAGAGUUGCAGUUUCUGAGCAGCGCACUCUCCCGCCCAUUUCCCCGCGGGCGGGCGAUGGCUUAGGGCGCCCGAGGGGCCAGCCUAGAGGUAACGGGAAGGGGAAAGGACGGUUGUCUGGGGAGUAAGAGGCCAAACGAUGAGUUUCCACAAGGAGGACGGAGUGAGCAGCCUAUGCCAGAAGGCGCUGCACAUCGUCACCGAGCUGUGCUUCGCGGGCCAGGUGGAGUGGGAGAAGUGCUCGGGCAUCUUCCCCCGGGACAGGGGCAACCAGGGCGGAAGCAGCACAGAUAUUUCGGUCAGCUUGUUGGCGGUGGUUGUCAGCUUUUGUGGCCUGGCCUUGUUGGUUGUUUCACUUUUUGUCUUCUGGAAGUUGUGCUGGCCUUGCUGGAAAAGCAAACCAGUGACUUCCAACAUCAGUACCCUUCCACAGAGCAUUUCAAGUGCUCCUACUGAAGUUUUUGAGACUGAAGAGAAAAAAGAAGUUAAAGAAAAUGAAAAACAAGCUCUAAAAGUUAUUGAACCUGCUAUAAAAAUCAGCCACACUUCCCCUGAUAUCCCAGCAGAAGUCCAAACUGCUUUAAAAGAGCAUUUAAUUAAACAUGCACGUGUGCAAAGACAAACUACUGAGCCUACAUCUUCAUCCCGCCACAAUUCCUUCCGGAGACACCUACCGAGGCAAAUGCAGGUUUCCAGUGUUGAUUUUAGCAUGGGCACAGAACCCGUUUUACAAAGAGGAGAAACAACAACCAGCAUUGGGAGGAUAAAACCAGAGCUCUACAAACAGAAAUCAGUUGACUCUGAGGGCAACAGGCAAGAAGAUAUCAAAACCUGUGGGAAACUUAACUUCACCCUCCAGUAUGACUAUGAAAAUGAACUUCUAGUUGUUAAAAUUAUCAAAGCCUUAGAUCUCCCUGCUAAAGACUUCACAGGCACUUCUGACCCUUAUAUGAAGAUGUAUCUUCUUCCAGACAGGAAGAAGAAAUUUCAGACCCGUGUGCACAGAAAGACUUUAAAUCCUCUAUUUGAUGAAACUUUUCAAUUUCCUGUAGCAUAUGAUCAACUAAGCAACCGAAAACUACAUUUCAGUGUAUAUGAUUUUGACAGAUUUUCUAGACAUGACAUGAUUGGGGAAGUGAUUCUUGAUAAUUUGUUUGAAGUCUCUGAUCUCUCCAGGGAAGCCACAGUGUGGAAAGAUAUUCAUUGUGCUACCACGGAAAGUAUAGAUCUGGGUGAAAUCAUGUUCUCCCUUUGUUAUUUGCCAACUGCUGGACGUAUGACAUUGACGGUCAUCAAGUGUAGAAAUCUGAAGGCUAUGGACAUCACUGGCUCAUCAGAUCCUUAUGUCAAAGUGUCUCUGAUGUGUGAGGGUCGAAGAUUAAAAAAGAGGAAAACAACUACAAAGAAAAAUACUCUAAACCCUGUGUACAAUGAGGCCAUUAUUUUCGAUAUCCCUCCAGAAAAUGUGGACCAGGUCAGCCUCUCCAUUGCGGUCAUGGAUUACGAUAGGGUAGGACACAAUGAGGUCAUAGGAGUGUGUAGAACAGGACUGGACGCUGAAGGUCUUGGGCGAGACCACUGGAAUGAAAUGCUGGCCUAUCACCGAAAACCAAUAACACAUUGGCACCCCUUGCUGGAGUUACCUGGCCGAGCAACCAGUUUUGAUAGUCAAGGAUCCUGUGCAUCACCCAAACCACCUUCCACACCAUAAUGCCUCCAAAAUAAAGACCAUUAUAAUAAGGAACCAGGACCCUGUGCUCAUCAGAUCAGAAAAAGAGUGGAAGGUUUGAUUUCCUCAUUUAAAAUAUAUCUUGAUAAUGAACAAACUUGACAUAUAAUUUUUCAUUUACUUUUUUUGUCUGUUCAUUAACUUUGGACAUCUUGAUAUAUUUUACUUGAAUACAAAUAUCCCUUACUUGCAUAAGGCAUUUUAUUCUUCAUGUCAUAUGCCUAUUAGCACAAAGAGUGUUUUCAUUAAGUUGCAACUCUUUGCAUAACUAAAGAAAUGCGUUCCUUUAAAAGAAUCUGUAUUUAUCUAAAAUUAAAUAUAGUUUAUGCUGCUAUUGUAUAAAGUAGCACAUGUCACAUAUGUAUGGUUUUGAUCUUGUUACAACAAUGUUAAUCUCUAGUUGUGCAGAUGGUUCCAUAUAAACUUUAAUGGAAAUUUUGAACUUAACUUACACAGCAUUAAAUCCUUGUGCAAAUUAAUGUUACUUAUCUGAUAAUAUAUUCUUUCAUUCUCAGCAAAUUACGUCCUCAGUGAGGUUUGGCUCUGCUAAACUCAGAACUUUGUCUCUCAAGCUCAUUCUUUAAAACAUACAGAUAAUGUUAUAAUUUAAAGAACAAUUUUGAGUUAAAUUUAAGAAGUAAUACUUAGCAUCUGGAAAAUGGAGGUUGAACCAUUUGGGCUACCAUUUUAUACUGUCUUAAUGUUACAUUAGUUCAAACAUCUGUUGAACUGUUUAACUGAUACUUUAAAAAUUCUAAUACUCUUUAUCUCAAAUGUAGCAUUAGUAUUCCUAAUGAAUAGAAUCAGAAAUUGUUCAUUUUUUAAGUGUUUGUAAGGUUCUCAAGUACUCUGACAUGUAUAUUUUGUGACAUGAAACUAUCAUGUAGAUCCAUAUUUCUGACAAAACAUACUAACAGACACCAAAGGGACAAUAAAUGUCUGUGCUCAUUGUCAAUUAGAUUGUACAUAGUAAUAGUGACUUCUU